GCUGUGGUCAAGGUGGGAAGAGGGUCAAGUUGCGGGGCUCCACGGGCUUCCCCCUGGAAAGUGAGGAGAGGUGGGAUGGCUGCCAUGACUGGGGAAGGGCGAGGACUUCACCUUUCUGAGAGCUGAGAAAUAUUCAUAGACAGUAACGGUGGAAGAUGAGGGACAGGUGGGCCAGGGCCAGACCCGAGGGGCAUUGUGGGCUGAGGUGAGGAGCUUGGUCUCCAUGGGUGGCUAAGAGGGUUUGGAGCAAGAAGGGGAACAUCAGAUUUCUUUGGAAGAUCCCUUUGGCUGCCCGAAGAGCAUAGGGUGGGGGGAGGGAGUAGGAGGAUGGGGGAGGCAGCGGGGAGGCAGCUGGAACUUUGCAGUAGGGGGCAAAGGACUGAGGCCUGGAUCUAGGGAUCUGAAGACACCCCAACCCCACCAUCUCUCAGUGCUGGAAGUUUCCCUUUCCUCUUUGUCCUCCUGAGUUCAGAGGACAGAAACCCCAAGAUGUGAUGGGACUGUGCCUUUCUCAGGGAAGAUUCAUGACCCCCCACCCCCACCCCCACCCCCCAAACGUUAAGCACUUGGCCUGUUUUUCUCUUUCACCUUCUCCCUGGAACAAGUAAAUCCACUCUCACAGCUGAAGUCACAUCUUAACCCUGAUGACGCAGGCUCCUGUGUCUCCAUCCGAGCCCCAAGAUUCCUUCUGGGUGUCUCCAGACAGAGCCGUCUUUCUGCCCUCCUUCCAGCCCUUCCCUCCAGUGUUCCUCAUAUCACUCAGGGUCAGUCUGUUGAGCCCCCUACUGCAUGGCUGGCACCUUUUGGGGCCCUGAGGACACAGCAGUGAACAAAGCAGCAGCAGGUUUCCGUUACCUUCCUCCCUCCUGGAGCUGACAGUCUAGGAGGAGAGAGGGACAGUGAACAUGUAACAAAUCGUGAGGGUAAUUUCAGGUCGUGGCAAGUGCUGAGAGGAUGGAAGUUGUAGAGGGAGGCAAGGGAGGGAGAGGGACCAGGAGGCGCUUUAGAAAAGGCGGUCAGGGAAUUUCCCUUGGAGAAGGUCAGUUUUGUGCUGACUUCAAAGAAGUGAGAGAGCAACUCAUUGAGUUCUAUUUGGGAAGAGCAUUCCCUGCAGAGGCAACAGCCCGUGCGUGCAAAGGCCCUGAGGCAGGAUGGGGACUGGCUGGUUCUGAGGAACAGUGAAGAGGCGGGCAUGGCAAACAGCAGAGCAAGCCAGAGGGGCUGGUCUGUGCAGGGCCUUUUUGACCCUCAAGGAGCCUGGCUUUUGUCCUAAAUGAAAUGGGGAGGAUUUUCAGCAGGGGGAGGCAAGAUGAAAUUUGGCUGCUUCGAGGAGCGAGAAAGCCCGGAAGAGGCCAGGGGAAGCUAUGUGCUGACCUGGACCAGGAGGUGGCUGUGGAGAUGGAGGAGAGAGGGCAGGGCCUGGAACGUCUUCAAUAAACAAAUCACAGUUGGGGAAAUGGGGCUGGCCGGAGGCCGGGCCUGUGCCUGCCGUCCUCUCCCCCGCUAUAGAACCUGCAGACCCUGGGCGGGCCAUGAAGGUUCUCCUCCUCGCCGGGUUGGGGGCCCUGUUCUUCUCCUACUAUUGGGAUGACAACUUCGACCCUGCCUCCAGGGAGCCCGCGUGCUGCUGACCGGGGCCAGCGCAGGCGUUGGGGAGGAGCUGGCAUAUCACUAUGCUCGCCUGGGCUCCCACCUCGUGCUCACAGCCCACACUGAGGCCCUCCUGCAGAAGGUGGUAGGGAACUGCCGGAAGCUGGGCGCUCCCAAGGUCUUCUUCAUCGCUGCGGACAUGGCCUCCCCUGAGGUGCCCGGGCGCGUGGUGCAGUUUGCGCUGGACAAGCUGGGAGGGCUGGAUUACCUCGUGCUGAACCACCUCGGCGCCACCCCGGCAGGCACGCGGUCCCGGAGCGUCCAGGCGACACGCUGGCUCCUGCAGGUGCCCCGCCCCACCGCGCCCAGCGCCCCAUAUCUCCUAUCCCCAGGUUCCACCCUCCUCCCCAUUCCCACCUCAGGUCCUGCCCCUCCCAGGCCCCGCCCACCGCAUCAAGGCCCCGCCUCUCCCGGGCUUGAGUUUCUCCGCGACGCGGUGACUCGCAGUCGCCACCUCCAGGUGAACUUCCUGAGUUACGUGCAGCUGACUUCGUUGGCGCUGCCCAGUCUGACGGACAGCAAAGGCUCUCUGGUGGUCGUGUCCUCGCUGCUCGGCCAUGUGCCCACAUCCUUCUCCAGCCCGUACUCGGCGGCCAAGUUCGCGCUGGACGGCUUCUUCGGCUCAUUGCGGCGGGAGCUGGACGUGCAGGACGUGAACGUGGCCAUCACCAUGUGUAUCCUGGGCCUCCGGGAUCGCGCCUCGACUGCCGAGGAAGUCAGGGGCGUCGCGAGGGCCAAGGCGGCCCCAGGGCCCAAGGCCGCGCUGGCGGUGAUCCGAGGUGGCGCCACACGUGCCCCUGGCGUCUUCUACCCGCGGCGCCUCCACCUGCUCGGCCUGCUCCGGGGAUGGCUGCCGCACCCGAAGGCCUGGUUCAUCCGCCAGGAGCUCAACGUCACCGCCGCCGCGACCGCCUGAGCUGCUAGGGGUGGCACUCCCUCAUCCUCCCAGAGCAGCGACACGAACCGAGACGCCUCCGAGCUGGUGGCUGUGGCUCAAGACGGAGUCAUCGAGACAGAAAAGGAAAACCAAGAACUGCCAGCCCCUGGAAACAGUCACAGCGCCGGGUGUGCAGGUGCUGAUGUGCGCCUGGCACCCUGUCAGCAACUUGGGAGGCCUUACCGCAGUCUUCGGGGCCACCCUAGGUGACACGGUUGCUGCUAACAUUUUGCAGAUGAGAAAGUUGAGGCUCAGAGAGGUGGUGUGACUUGCCCAGGCCCCUGGCCCUGUCAAACAGGGCACCCUGGGAACCCUGUCCCUCUCCCAGCCCGGAACCAGUGCAUCCCUGGUCUCUUCUUUCCACUCACUCAACUUUGGAGCGUCCCCCUCCCCUCCGCCCAAGCAGGGGACAGCCUUCAAACUGUCCGUCUGAGGCGGGGGAGGAGGGAAAGAAUGUGUUCUGGGCUGGACCCACCUUCUGUUUGAUAAUAAAAAUCCUUCCCUUGCACAUAGAUCGUUCACAUCGCUUAGUUUUUCCAGUUUGCUGGUGGCAGGCAGGUAAAGAGGGAUACGUGUACGGGGAGCAGACUUCUCCCCCUAUUUAACAGUGGAGAAAUAGAGGCUGAGAGAGGUAGAUCUCAUGCGGGAAGUCAGCGGUGGAAGGAAUGGUACUGACUGUGGGCCAAAGACCUUGCUUGCAGUUUGAGGUAGGUGGUUUGUGCGCCAGUAAUGAUAAUGUGUAUCAGUCACUAAGCCCAAUAUCAUGGCAUCUUCACAACCGGAAGUUGGUGUUACCAUUGUUUCUUUUGCUUAGAA